UUUCCAUCCAAAUUCCGUCAACUAAAAAGGCCCAAAAGAGUAGAAGUAUCAUUUUUGACACCAGAGUUCUUAUUAUCACACAACUCUCUCUCAUUCUCUCUCUUCAUUAAUCAAUUCAUUGUCAUGAACCUAAAUUUUCCUCCCCAAACUACGCUGGUGGCCUAAUUUUGUUACGAUAUUGGAAGUUUCCGGCAAGAUCUUCGAGAUUUGGGGAUUUUUGUUCAGAGAAGAUGAUUAACUUAUUCAGAGUGAAAGCAAAACAGAGGGAAAACGCUGAAAAGCUUAAUGGAAAGACCCAUGUCAAGAAGCAAACAGCUGGCGAACUACGUCUUCAUAAAGAUAUCAGUGAACUGAACCUGCCCAAAUCAUGUACCAUUUCGUUUCCCAGUGGUAAGGAUGAUCUGAUGAAUUUUGAAGUUACUAUUCGGCCUGAUGAGGGAUAUUAUUUAGGCGGCACAUUUGUGUUUACCUUCCAAGUUCCAUCUGUAUAUCCUUAUGAGCCUCCCAAGGUGAAGUGCAAGACAAAGGUAUACCAUCCCAACAUCGACUUAGAAGGUAAUGUCUGCCUCAACAUUCUAAGAGAAGACUGGAAACCUGUUUUGAACGUAAACACUGUCAUCUAUGGGUUGUAUCAUCUCUUCACGCAACCAAACUAUGAAGACCCUUUAAAUCAUGAUGCUGCUGCUGUGUUGAGGGAUAAUCCAAAAAUGUUCGAAUCCAAUGUGAGAAGAGCUAUAGCUGGGGGUUAUGUGGGUCAAACUUUCUUUCCUAGGUGUGUUUCUUGAUGGUUAUGAGGCUGUAAACUGUAAACUUGGAUGUGAAGGGUGCUGUUUGACUGUAUAUCUUUUUGUGAACUAGUUCUUCAUUGACGUUUUUAAAAUGUUUAUGUUCUGUAAAAAAAAAAGUACUAGUUAAAGUAUGCCUGGUUUUGUUUAAUUUGUAACCUCAUUGUUUAUCAUUAACACAUUUAUGACAAGGGCAAGUCUCAUCAUUGCAUUUUGUGAAAA